AUUUCAACCAAAAUGCAGUUGGGUUGAAAAGCGGAAUAGGGGCCUUAAUUUGUCUAUUUAAAAAUAAGUCUAAGUCUGGAAAUGCUUUGAUAGAUUUUAUUGGCCUAUGGCAUUUCUUUCACUCACUAGAUUUCACAUCCUGCAUUAGGCCAAAGAUGUUUUCAAAGUAAAAGAGAUCAAAACCUGCAAAGACAGCUUACAUUUGACCAGUAACUUAAGUGCAUAAUUGUGUGAAAUUAUAGAAAAUCCAUCAUAUAAAAUACGUGCGUUGUUUUGAUGUUCAUUUGGCAUUCAUUCACUACUUGAAUCCUGUCAAUAUUGCUAUAAGAAUAAGAACACCCAUAGCAAUGUAAUUUGUAGCAUGAAAGAGUUUCCCAGCUAAAAUUAAAUACCUUGACAAAACAUCUAAAUAUUCCAUAGUGCCAAUGACGUACUUGUUAAUUAAUGUUUAAUUGUCCGUUAGUCAUAACUUUCUCUAACUUUUUUUUUUUACAUAAUAAAACUAAUUGCUCACGAGAGAAACGUGAUUCGAAAUAAUGAGCAAUUUUUACAUACGUAAUACUAAAGAAGGUAAUACCAGCAUCAGUUUUCAUACCCGCAGUUAAAGCUCAGGGUUGUGCAGGUUAUAUAUGGUAGAACACGUAAAAAGAAAGAAAAAAGGUUAAAGUUGUAAGGCUUCAGGGAAUUCUACUAAAUAUAAGCUCGCUUAAACGCGAUGAGAAUUAUAGGUUUCGAUGAAUAAACGAAGGAACGAGACGAAUUGUAGGGUAUACGGCGUGCAAUUUUCAACGAUUUUUACACUGUUAUCAACGAUAUUGUUCGGGAUUUUCAUAACUGUGAGUGAAUGAGUUUGAAGACACUAAGAAAUACUUAAAAUAUUUAUGAGAUAAUUAAAAACAGAUAUAAUGUAGAAUGAUAAAAACGUGUAAAUAUAAAUCUUAGUAACUUUCUUUCCUGCGAAAAAAAAAAAAUUUAGGCUUGACUUCAAUAAAUACACAAUGUACUCUUGCCAAUGUAUUCAGUUUCCACGAACAACGCUAUGGCUUUCAAACUAAAGUUAAUUUUCCAACUAGUGAUAUAUCUAUCAUGGCACCAUAUGCUUUGCACAGGCAUUGGCGAGAGAAUUGUGGGUGGCAGUUCGGUUACAGAGAAGAAAUAUACUUAUUUUGUGCGUGUACAUUAUGAAGGCAUACUCUGGUGUGGUGGAUCGUUGGUGCGGAAUAAUGCAGUAGUCACAGCAGCCCACUGUGUCAGCGACGUUAACGUAAAGGAAUUACGAGUACACGCUGACACUAUUAGCUUAAGGGAUGAAGGAAUUGUGAGACAAGUUAAAAAAGUGGUGAUCUCAAGUUUAUACAAUGAACGUACUACAAACUACGAUGUUGCAGUGUUAAUCCUUGCCUCUGCCAUACCGAAUUCGAGUUUCACACCAAUUCAAUUGCAACAGACACCAGUCGCUGCUGGUACAAAAUGUUUGGUUAUUGGUCAUGGUAGUACAAAGGAAAAUGGCAAAGUUCCGAUGCAAUUACAAGAAGUUUGGGUGCCGGUGCUGAGUCGAACAGUUUGCCAACGUAGAUAUGCAGGUGUUGCACGUAUUACUAGGAGUAUGCUGUGUGCAUGGGAGUCGGGAAAAGAUUCGUGUGGAGGCGAUUCUGGCGGACCAAUGGUAUGUAACGGACAACAAGCUGGAAUUGUAUCCUGGGGUGUGGAAUGUGCGGAUUCCAGAUAUCCAGGCGUCUACACAGACAUCAGCAGUGUUUAUACUUUUAUCGUAAGGACGCUUCAGAGGUAUCAGUGAAAUUUGGUAGUUAAGUUAAGUUGUGCUUAUUCGAUUAUUUUAAGUGAAUCACUAAACAUAAUAAAAAUGUAUAACAAAAGCAAACAGACUUAUACAUUCCACUUUGCAGUGGUAAUAAAUUUUAUCU